GUUGCUGCAGUGCUGAGCGCGGCCCGGAUUACCUGCCCGACGUCCGAGCCGUGGCGCGCCACAGCCAGCUACAUCAGCUCGACGACCAGCAGCACCCGGCAGCACCGCACGCCCUCCACUGCACCGUGCACUACAGAAUGUCGUUGGACCCACCCACGCCGGAGCAGCUCAAGCUGAUGCGGCAAGAGCUGUACCAGGACCCGCAGAUCACCAAGGAGGACGUCAAACGGCUGCGCGAAUGGCUACAGAAGCAGCCCCACCUCCCCAGCCACAUGGAGGACGAGCGGCUGGAGCGCUUCCUGUACGGCUGCAAGUUCUCGCUGGAGCGCACCAAGCAGGUCCUGGACACGUACUACCGCGUGCGCGCCACCGCCCCCGAGUUCUUCAGCGGCAGGGACCCCACGUCGGAGGAGCUGCAGCGCAACUGCAGGGACAUGUCGUACUUCGUGCUCCCCAAGCUGACCACCGAGGGCUACCGCGUCACCAUCUUCCGGCUAAACAACGUCGAGGUGGACAAGUUCAACAUGCAGGAGAUCACCAAGCGCGUCGUCAUGUGCUUGGACGUGAGGCUCAAGGAGGAGAAGUGCCUCUCCAACAUCAUGAUCAUCGACUUCCAGAACUUCACCCUGCAGCACUUCGCGCGCUGCUCCCCGACCCUGGCCGGCGUGCGGAAGUCCAUGCUGUGCGUGCAGGACGCCUUUCCGCUGCGCCUGCACCAGGUCCACUUCACCAACUGCAGCACCUUCGUGGACAAGGUGGCCGCCGCCUUCACGCCGCUCCUCAAGGAGAAGCUCGUCAAGAAGUUCUUCUUCCACUCCAACCUCGAGAAGCUGCACCGCUACGUCAACAAAGACAUCCUCCCCGAGGAGUACGGUGGCAAGGCGGGCACGUUCCUAGAGCUCAAUGACGCGUGGAGGCGCAAGCUGGAGUCCUACAAGAAGUGGUUCCAGGAGGAGGAGAAGGUGAGCAAGUCGGACGAGACCAAGAGGCUGAAGAAGCUCAAGGAGUCCUCCGUGCUCAUCCAGGACACCUCGGUGGAAGGAUCCUUCCGGAAACUGGUCAUCGAUUGACCGCAUCAGACUGACAUCAAGACGACCACCAGCAUGUUGGGCUUCGGCGCGGCCGGGAGGCGUAGUCACGUGCUAACAUUGUGUGUGUGUAUGUAUGUAUGUGUGUGUGUGUGUGGAUCUGCGUGUGUGUGUAUGUGUGGGUGCUUGAGUGUGCAUGCGGACGCGAGAGUUCAUUUCGGCGGGGGCGACAUGGACUGACGACCAGGAGGCCGAGCCGGGCUGCAUCGCAGCAGCAGCAGCGACACCUCAUAUGUGAUAGUAGUAAUUUUAUUAAAUAAUUAUGUACAGCAUGACGACCAUGUGCAUUAU